AUGCUGUACUCACUGUUCUUAGUGCCAUCACUGUCCUUGCUGGUGAUGUUUGUCCCUAGCCAUGCCUGGUCACGGCCCCUCUGGUACCAAGUGGGGCUGGACUUGCAGCCCUGGGGCUGCCAACCGAAUAGUCUGGAUAGCUGCAGGAGCAGUCUGGGCUGCCCUGGUUACUGGAUGACCCUGGGAGGAAAUCGCAUCUACCCUGUGGCUGGGAUCACGGUCACGACCACCAUGAUGCUGGUCAUCACCCGUGUGAUGCUGCACCGGUGGCGUUCUCAGGUCACCAAGGAUCCGCUCCCACCGGUGACUUCCAGCUCCUGCAAACACUGGAAACGGCAGGUGGCCGUCUCGGACCGCACCCUGGUCCUCAGGGUGCUUCACAUGCUGGACGCCAUCCUGCUCCACAUCGAGGGCCACCUGCAGCGCCUGGCUUCCCAGCAACAACUUCAAAUAAAAGAGUCUCCCGCCCGGUCUGGGUGA